AUGGACCUCUCUAAAGUAACAAGAUCUUCCAAAGGCUUCCAAAGGCUGUUCAACAUUGCCCGCCCUUUCAAAAAAUGUGGGCCAUCCAGUGAAGGAGGCUUCGAGGGACUUGACGCGCCUAAUCUGGUUUGCCCUGAUCCUCACGCGUCCGAAAAACGCGUCCCUGAAAGGAAAUUGAGGUCGCGUGGAACGCUCCUCGAGUUUUUCCAAAAAGCAAUAUUAUGCAUCAACGCCACACGCGAAGCCAUGGAAGAAGAUAUUAUAUCUGACUACGCGGACGUGAUGGGCAUUUCCCCUUCCAUCGUUGAACGCGCUCAAUCCUCGGGCAGUCGCUUUAUCGAAGGCGCUACAGUGUUUGGCCUGCAAGUUGAUUCGAUCUCAGUUGGGCGGGCGACAUUCAAUGGCCCGAUUGAAAGAUCCGCCACUUUUAACCCCACGCUAGCGCCCAUUGACUACUUUGAUGUGGCUCUCAUGAAGAACACCAAGUCAACCGCUGCUCGGAAUAUCGCCGAUUUCGAGAAUUCCUCCGAGCGAGUCAUGGUAAAAGACACCGAUCCUUUUGGUGAAUGCCGAAGCUCGUUCUAUGCGGAAAAGUUUAUGAACAUUGGACCGACCACACACAAUAUCAAUGACCUCAACUUCUACUUUGCGGAUUCCAACAAAAGCAUUUUGGCCGAUGCCGCUGCUGUUGGCCACAAUCGUUCUGCGGUUCGUCGUCUACUUCCAUUGAACAAAAUUGACCGCCGGUCAAGCAAAGAGACAUUCUGUGGGACCAAGUCUCUUGUUGUCCCUCCCCACAAGAAGGUCGUUCUCCCACAUCUCUCUGAGCGACCGAAGUCAACAGUCACCCAAACUCGCAUGCCCAUGAAGGGCUGGUCAAUCUCCAAGCAUGUUGUCAAACAUUCUACCACCCCAAGGUACACCAUGGACGCCAAUGGCAUGCCUGUUCGACGACCGAAGGGGAAAGCACGCAUUCAACGUUUAUACUACAUCCACAACUCUGUUUUGCCCAUGAUUGAGGAAGAAGAUGCCGUCUAUCACAUCAUGGAGUUGGAACUUCCUGAGUCCUCUCCUUCUGUGGCAGAUUCUAUAUCAGUGUACUCUCAAGACUCUUACAUUUCCCAAGACGAGUCAGUCUCUUCUCCAGAGCUUGCCAACAUUGUCGCUGUCGAUUCUAAAGUCCACGACAUUGGCGGGCAAUACGAGGAGGGCGGAGAACACGAGGACAAAACUUCAUUCAUUCUCGAGGAUGAGGACGGCAAUGACGAUGACGAUGACGACGACUCCGAUAAUGCAAUGUUUUCCGAGAUAUCGACAGCCAUUUUACGCUCCCGAGAGCGUCGUCAAAAUGUUUGCGGGCGAGAACAACUAUAUGUUUGUACUUACGCUGCUCCUCUUUUGGCUAUUGCCAAGGAGCGCCAGCAGGCCAACCACAAUGACCACAAUGGGCAUUCUCUCACAGGCCUUCGCCCACUACUUCUUCCUAUCUCUGUUUCUCUCCAAGGCGAUUCGGGCAACGCUGAAGACUGA